GUAAUUGGGGGCCAGAGGCGGCAAGUGGAAGGUUAACGUGGCGCUAGGCUCCAUCGCCUCCCCUGCCUCCUGCUCAGUGUGGCUUGGCCCCGGUUUCCCCUUCGCCCUCCCUUCGACAUUAGCAUCCCCCGACGAGGCCCGAGGCGCUGGGAAGACUCGAGCCAGCCCGAAUGUAGGAGCGAAACGUUUCUAAAGCUCGCGCCGUCCCGUCAAAGGACAGUAACUGGGACAGUGCGAGAGCCGUGGGGGGUGGUCGGACGGUUAGACGCCCACAACCGGAGGGACUCGCCAAGGUGCCCUGGAGUAACGGGUCGGGCGACCGUCAGCGCCUGGGCAGGUGUAGGGCCCAAGCCACGGAAGUUGGGGGGAGAGAGUUACCCCUCCCCGCGACAUCCAUUCAUCCAACACGUCUGAAGUGAACAACUUGGUUCCAGUUCAGGCCCCUGCCCUCCCGGAGCUCGCUGUCUACCUGGGGAGAAACACUGUACCCAAUACGCACACUUUCAAAGUGAUCUGGGGCAUGAAGAAAAUAACUGUGGCACGGCGCUGUGAUGGGGAGGGGAAGCGGACAGCGUUACAGGCCGGCCAAAGGCAGCUUUGCUGGCGUCUGGGCUGGGAUCUGAGUGAGAAGAGGCCAGCCAUGGGACCGCGGGCGAAAGGAGGUCGCGGAGCACCCCCGGGUGGCACACGGCGCUUCGGGCCGCGCUGCGCGAGGGGUUAGGCCUCCCGGCGUGCUGAGAAGUAGUCCCGGCUCGGCGCCCGGCCCCGCCCCUGCAGGGCGGAGGGACGCAUCACGCAGGGGUGGGGAAGCCGGAUCCAUGCGCAGGGUUGCUAAGGGUGAAACUUUUCAUUGACUUUGCUCACUUCGGGCCGGGGCGCGGGAAGGUGCGGGUCGUUGCCGGAGAGAAGCGAGUGGCUCGGGCGACGUGGGGCCAGAAGGGCAGGACCGCCCGCUGGCCAGAGCCCGGACCGUCCUCCGCCCUGCGACACGAGCCGCCCUUCGGUCCGACAUCCCCGCGCCGUCGCCGCCGGCCGGCCCGCCCGCCUUCCGUCCCCCCUUGGCCGAGCCUGACCUCCAAAAAGCUGAAAGAAUUAUUAUUGAGAAUCAUAGCCCCAAACUCCCUUACUUGCUCCCAACCUUCAACGAAGAAAAAGACCCAUCAGCUUCCGGCCCGGCGGCGCCCGGGAAGGAAGAAAGAACGACCACCGUACCGCACCCCGGACUACCCUGGAAGGGAGAAGCCACCCUGAACCGCCCCGCCGCCGCGGAGACCCGAAGCUCUCUGGAGCCCAAGGCUGCCUAUCUUACGUCACCUGCCACUGCCCUUGGUUUGCACUCUUGCCGUGAGCUGACUCGCCACCUAGGAAAGCAAGGACCAUGCAGCUGGAGAUCAAAGUGGCCCUGAACUUUAUCAUCUCCUACUUGUAUAAUAAGCUGCCCCGGCGCCGGGCAGACCUGUUUGGGGAGGAGCUUGAGCGGCUCUUGAAAAAGAAAUAUGAAGGCCACUGGUACCCUGACAAGCCACUGAAGGGCUCUGGCUUCCGCUGUGUUCACAUCGGGGAGAUCGUGGACCCCGUGGUGGAGCUGGCCGCCAAGCGGAGCGGCCUGGCAGUGGAGGAUGUGCGGGCCAAUGUGCCUGAAGAGCUGAGCGUCUGGAUCGACCCUUUUGAGGUGUCCUACCAGAUCGGUGAGAAGGGAGCCGUGAAAGUGCUGUACCUGGAUGACAGCGAGGGCUGUGUUGCACCAGAGCUGGACAAGGAGUUCAAGAGCAGUUUCAACCCUGAUGCCCAGGUCUUUGUGCCCAUCGGCAGCCAGGACAGCUCCCUUUCCAACUCCCCGUCACCAUCCUUCGGCCAGUCACCCAGCCCCACUUUCAUCCCCCGCUCCGCCCAGCCCAUCACCUUCACCACUGCCUCCUUCGCUGCCACCAAGUUUGGCUCCACCAAGAUGAAGAAGGGGGGUGCGGCAGCAAAUGGCGGGGGCAUGGCCGGCGGCGGGGCAAGUGGCCAGCAGCCUCCCCAGCAGCAGCCCCGCAUGGCCCGCUCUCCCACCAACAACCUGCUGAAGCACAAGAGCCUCUCUUUGUCUCUGCACUCGCUGAACUUCAUUGCGGCCAACCCGGCCCCUCAGUCCCAGCUCUCCCCCAAUGCCAAGGAGUUCGUGUACAACGGGGGCUCUCCCAGCCUCUUCUUUGACGGGGCCGAUGGCGGGGGCAGUGGGGCCGGCACGUGCAACAGCAGCGGCUUCGACGUGGCCCAGGUAUUUGGAGGCGGCGCCAACAGCCUCUUCCUGGAGAAGACCCCCUUCGUGGAAGGCCUCAGCUACAACCUGAGCACCAUGCAGUACCCCAGCCAGCCCUUCCAGCCGGUUGUGCUGGCCAACUGACCGCCCACCCGCCACGGGGCCAGGAGCGCCCAAGACCACAGAAAAGAGAAAGGAAAAGAAAGGCCAAAAAAAGAGGAAAAGAAAAAUACACAAAAAGAUUUCCAGUCUUCGCACUCUGGCUUCUAGAAAAAAGAUCCGGUCCAGGCAUGGAGUGGGAGGGGGCUCCUGAAGCAUCGAAUCUGUUGAACUCAACCCCCUGCUGCUUUCCUGCCUGCCUCUGAUUUAUUUGAUUGGUUUGGGUUUUAUAUUUUUUCUUUUUUUUUUCUUUUUUCUUUUUUUUUUUUUUUUUACAUGUAGUUUUCUAUAUAACAUCUUUAAUUAGUGGCUUCCUGUGCUAAGAAUGGUCCAGAUGUGAAUUGCUGCUCCCUGUUCCCUCCCUCCCUCCCUCCCUCACACUGUUGAGGAUCGAGUGUCCUCUCUCACAGGGAAGGAAGAGCCGGAAGAGGCGCAGCUGGGGCCUGACCCUGCCCAGAGCAGGGAGAGGCUGCCUUGUGUCACUGCCUCUAUCACCCAGCUAUCCUUUUACUCAAAGCCAUCCAACCUCAGAGGGCCUUCUUGGGCCCUGCCACCCAAAUAGGUCUGACCCCAGCACCCACCCCCCCUGCCUCUCAGGCCUGAGACACGGGGAGCUGCUGACUGGCGACUUGACACCCUCCCACUAGAGCUGACGUCUGUGACUCCAGGUAGCACUCUGUCUGGUGGAACUGCUUUCAUCUCUGUCCUGUGUUCCCACGCCACCAUCCCCAUCUGGCUCGGACUAUCAUCGUGGCCCUGGAGACCCAUCCGCUGACACAUGUGGCUCUUCAUGCAGCCCCUUGUUCCCGGGGCCUGAGGUUUUGGGUAAUGGGGGGGGGGGCAGGUGCGGGUGUGUGUGCGCGCGCGUCCACGUGCGUGGUUUGCUGUCCUGUUUUAAAGGAUUCCAAGCCAUGUGAAACUCCCCCCGCGCCCCCCCCCCCCCCCCGACAUGAUUCCAGGUUGCAGCAAGUGCUUAUUUAUGUAGGAGGUUGGGGAAUGGGCCGGGCGGGUGGUCAGUCCUUUUGUAGGGUGGGUCACGUGGUGGGGUGAGACUGCGGCUGAGCCUAAGACACUCCCAGGGGAAAAUACUGCAGAAGGAACUGGUUUCCAGACUGCGGAGGGAUCUGCACUUUUGUUUUUGACCAAAAAAAAAAAAAAAAGAAAAAAAAAAGAAAAGAAAGAAAAAAAAGGGUUAGCUGUGAGGGGCUGAGGGAAUACCAGCCCCUGAUGCCUAAGAGAAGUCCCUGGACUCAGAUCCUCCUAUUUGGUGACCUUAACCCAGGGUGGGAGCCGCUCACCUGAGCACCCUGGAGGGGGGGUGGGAGUUUGGGUCAGUGCCUACAGUGGGCAGUCCUGAGCCUUCAAUUGAGACUAGUCUUUUGGUUGUAGAUGUUAUUUUAGUAUGUUUCUGCCCCUGCCUGCAUGAGAACUUCUUGGUACCUCUUGGCAUCCCCUCUUACUGGCUGACCCGGUCCCACUUGGCCUUGAUGCCGUGAGGAGUGGUUUCCCGGGCAGGCCAGGUUGGACAGGCAUUUGACUAUGGCAGGCGGUGUGUGUGGAUUAUAAGAGAGCACCAGCUCCUGCCUCUGCCGGAAGAGGAGAUGUUUCUCCCACCCAACCCUAGUGAACCAGCUUUCACGCGGUGAUGCUUUGGCUGGUGGGCCACAUGGCGGCAGGGCCCCCGUCACCAAAAAGUACCAAAGCCCUUGGCACCCCACCCCACCCCCACCUCCUCAGUGACCCCCCAAGUGGGCAACCGCUGUGGCAGUGGGUCCGGCCCAGACAGACACUGCCAGCCUCCCCUCCCUGCAGUGGGCACCAGCUCUACCUCCCCCAGCGGGGCAAUGCCCUGGCUCCUCAGCCCGGUAUCCUCUGUCCCCUAUGCUUCUCAGGGGCCAGCCCCAUCCGGGCCACCCUCUCCCUAGCCCUCAGCUCCCACGCAAGUGACAGGCCCAGGCAGAUUGCUGCUCUCUGGGAAAGGUUGGACGCUGCCUUAUUUAUGCCCUCUUCCAGCCCCCCUUUCCCUCACUCACGUGCACAGGUACCUACCACCCCCCAGUCAGCUUGUUUCUCACCACAUCUAGGGAGAGGGGGAGACCGACCCCUUAGUGUCUUUUGAAAUACGAAGAAAAAUAAAAAUGUUUGUUCAGGAGCAUGGCUCCAGUGCUGGACUCUUGGGCCCGGUUCAGUCUGUCUCGUCUCAGAUCUAGGCAUUUUUGCUUCAAUUUUAUUUUUUUUAAGGAAACAAAAACAAAACUCUGCACUAAUUUACCUGGUUUCGUAGGAAAACUUUUUUUUUAUUUUUUACAUUUUUUGGUGUCCGUUUGUAUUGAAUAAUUUGCUACAUUUGUAAAAUGUAAGAGGUAUAUAUAAUAUAUGUAUAUUUCUAACGUAAAAAACGUAAUUUUUUUCUUUUCAAGAUUUUUUCUUAAGAGGAGAGAAACGAUAUUUUUUCAGGAAAAACAAACUUUAAAAUAAAAAAAGAGGAGAAUUAAACCUAUUUCUCCCCUUUCCCCAUCCUCUCUCUGUCUGUCCCUCUUUCCCAGGAAUAAAUCAAAAGGUGGAUCGUCUUGUAAAGAAUGUAAACUCUUAGUCCAGAAUGAUGUAUUUUUCUCGAUGCAGUGAGCUAUAGAUUCUCUAGUUUGACCCCUAGGGAUGGGAAGGAGGGCAUUGAGGCAACGUGGAGAGGAGCUUGGGGGAGCAGGGUAAUGAACUUGUUUUCUUUAGUGAAGGAGGAAUACAAUCAAGCGUUUUGUAUUCAGAAUGUUGUGCAAUAUUUUGGAAUGGGACAUUGGUGUGUUUAGAGAUUUAGUUUAAAAACAAAACAAAAAGAUUGAUCAAAUCUGUACAGUUUAUAUUGUUCCAGAUUUUUUUAAGUUUGUAUUAAAAGCAUGAUAUAUAAUAGC